UCACUUGCAAUGUUGUGAUUUCAUUUUUAUAUUUUUCACUGUUUUAAUAAUCAAUCGGAAAUUACUUUUCUUUCUUUAAUCGGACUGUAUAUCCAAAAAGCAAAGAAUCCAAAUUGGCUAUCUAAUUAAGAGCGAUAUAAAUAAACAAGUUAUUUUCUCUGACAAAGAACUAACGAAUACAAAAUAAACAACAUAAAUCGAUUCAAAUAUGGACAAGGAAGCUCCAAUGGAAGUCGUUGCAAUAAAUUCAGAUGAUGAUGAAGUCCCAGAUAAGCCGAUCAUACAACUCUUCAAAAGGCUGAUAUUCAAUGACAAUAAGCAGAGUACAGUUUUGACAAACGCUCAAAUCGUUGAUAUACUUGACAAAGAAUUUUCCAUUAACUUAUGGGAUAUCCACGAAUUGGAGGGUGAAAUCUAUCUAACGAUAAUGAAGAAGUAUUUGAAAGACUGGCCGCAAUGGGACGACUUUGACAAAAAUAUCAACACAUUGAAGAGCAAGGACAAUGUGGAAAAACUAAAUAAAAUGUUGGAAGCCAACUAUCAAAAUCUUAAAGAGUAUUUGAGGGUAAUCAUAGAGCGCUCGCAAACUCUAGCUAAAAGUACAGUUAAUAAACUGAUUAAAGACAAAACCCUUGAUGCAAAGGCAUUAGAUACCAAUGACAGUAAAAGUGACAAUAUUGUUUUGGAAAUAAAAUGCUCCAGGAAUCAACUGAAUCAACUAUUCUUCCGUCGUCCAAACCCAUCAUUGAACGAUUCUAUUUUCAACGGAGCAAAUGUGGAACCAACGCAAAUAAAACUCAACUCCAUACCACUAGAAGCCAUACUCAAUUGGUGGGAGAUCAAAAUAACUAUACAAAGGGGUUCAACGUUCUUUUACGAGCGUAAAACUGUACACAAACUUAACCAUGUGCUUGUCAACAAGAAUUUGAUGGCACGUUAUAAUCCCCUCAAAGUUCUGCCGCAAGAAAUACAAAUCAGCCGUUCAGCUAAAGCGGAUAAAUCUGCCACAGCAUCUAUGCACCAAUACAUUGCAUACGUGGACAGUGUAUUGAUGAAGGAAAAUCCGACAUUGGUGCCUUUACUUACAUUCAUCCGGAAGGAUAUGAGAUUGCUGCCCGAUAAAGUUAUACCGAGGUCAAGUUACAGACGUUAUACAAACAAAUAUCCGUAUAUAAGGUAUUUGUAUACGGAUGUGAGAAAUCCAGAUAUUAACUCAAGGAAGUACGAUUUACAGUUAGAAGAGACCGUGUCACCGAUAUACAGAGUAUACUUGGGGCCAGUGCAGUUGUCUAAUGCGAGUGUGGAGGUGGAAUGCGUUCAGUGCGUCCGCAAGUUUUCUGGCCCCGACUUGGUUGAGGAACUGGUGGCUCACUUCGAUGAAUUGCAUACCACCGAGCCAGAUUGGAAGUGCACUAACUGUGGGAAAACAUUCCCAAUGGCAACACUCGCUAGCACAUGGUGGAUGCACAAAUGUUAAUACUAUGUAAUAAAAAUUAAAAAAAA